AUGGGCAGCGCAUGGAUCUGGCUUGAGUACAUGCAGUUUCUAUCGUCAUACGGCAUCCCUUGCUACGCUCUCUCCCUCCGAGGCCACGGCGAGAGCUGGCACCCGUCCUUUCUGCGCAUGGUCUACGGCACCAGCAAGGGCGCCCUGGCCGAUGACCUCGUGGCCGGCAUCAGGUGGGCCGAGGAGCGGGAAGGGUCGCAGGUCGUCCUUUGCGGCCAUAGUAGUGGGGGCGGGCUCAGCCAGUUUGUGCUGUCAGAGCGGGACGUUCGUGUAAAGGGCUUGGUUCUCAUGGGGGCGGUGCCGGGCUUUGGAUCGAUGCGAGUCUAUAUUAACUGGUGGCUGCUGGACCCAUGGUUCUCGGUAAGACUGCUGUUCCACGGGUGGCAUCCCAACAGUCCACUGUCUCAUCCGGCCCUCACACGGCGGGCGUUUUUCAGCGACGCCGUCUCGGACUCGUGUGUGGUGCAAUUCCAGACACAUAUCAAUGCCUAUGAGUCCUUCCUCUGGCCACUUGGCAUGAUGGUGCCCUUCGCGAACGCGACUAGCGUCAUCCAAAGAAUUACGGGCUGGACCCAGGGUGGUGGCCAGCGGAUCUUAGUGCUGGCAGGUGGACGAGACAGGCUCAUGACGAUGGACGUCAUGGAGAAGCUGACAGAGUUUUACCGGCAGUCAUUCAGACUGCUAAGGCGUAACAAAAGGCUGGAUGCAGUCGAUAGCUCUGUGGGGCAAUUGGAGGAAGAGGAGAACAUUGUGAAACGGGGCGUGGAUACUUACGGUGACGGUGUCAGGCUUUGCCUAGUGCCAUAUGCAGGGCAUCAUAUGCAAAACGAUGUUGAGUGGGAGGUUGGGGUGGAGAAGCUGCUGACAUUCUAUCAUCAGUUGUAA